UUGACAUGAUGCGUUAUUCGGAAAUCUCUAGGGAUUUGUCUAGCGAUAAUUUACGCUAUGUUGAAUUUGUUGGCCACCACGAUGAUGUCGAUGUCGAUGAUGACGCUUGUCCCAGGGAAGCCUCACCAUUGAGUGAUACCUCAAAUGGCAGUGGUCCAUUGGUGACAAAAUCACCAGCUCAUCCUCUCUCCUCAUGUCGUCGCCACAAUCAUAAUAUACGCACCAAGCGUUUAUAUAUUGAUGAUGAGGCGGAUGACGAUAACACCGCUGAUGCCGAUGAUGAUGAUCAUCAUGAUGGCCAGAAAUAUAAUCAUUAUGAUAAUAUAUCAUUGGGCAAUAAUCGCAGCAACUUUAGUGGCUUCUAUGCGGGAUUGCGUAAUUCCAAACGUUUUUCCAGUGGCAGUGGUGGCAGUAAUAGUUCAGUAAAUGGUACUGUUAAUGGUGCUGCCACCAUUGGCUACGUGCGCCAUCGCAAGGAUAGCACACAUUCGACCCAGAGUUGUCAAUUUGAUACGGAAUCACCGCAUAAGCAUCAUUUGAAUGCCAGUGGUGGUAUUAGUAAAUCGUUGAAUAUCAAGGGGCGACGUAAACAUUCAAUUGGUUGUCUAAAUGCUUUUUCAUCAUCGCCUGAUUCGCCGGGUAACUAUUAUGGUGUGGGCUGUGGACCGCCUGCCUUGAAAUCAAAUAGUCUGCCCGGUCAUACCUCCAGCAAAUCUUCUUCGUCCUCAUUGGAUGCCACCAUAUUAAGUGCUUUACGUAUACCCGCCGAUGAAUUAGCCAAUCAAUUAACCCUAUUGGAUUUUUCUGUUUUUGCUGCCAUACAGCCGGACGAAUUGACCAGUUGUGCAUGGACCAAAAAGGAAAAACACACCGUAACACCGAAUAUUGUUGCAUUUACCAAACGUUUCAAUCACACGAGUUUUUGGGUUGUUCAGGAGAUAUUGAGCGGUGAUCAACCGAAACAGAGAGCAGAGAUAUUGGCACAUUUUAUAAAGGUUGCCAAAAAACUACACGAACUCAAUAAUCUUCAUUCCUUGUUUGCCAUUAUUUCGGCCAUGCAAAGUGCCAGUAUAUAUCGGCUAAAGAAAACCUGGGCGUAUUUAGCGAAAAAGGAUAAACACAGCUAUGAGCGUUUAAGUGAUAUUUUCAGCGAUCAAAAUAAUUGGGAAAAUUUACGAGCCUAUUUGGAGAGUUUACGUUUACCAUGUAUACCAUAUCUGGGAUUGUUUCUAACCGAUUUAAUUUACAUCGAUUUGGCAUAUCCGCAAAAGAAUGGCAUCGAACCGGAACAACGAAGAAAUCGUAUGAAUAAUAUAUUACGUGUUAUAUCGAAUUAUCAAGAAUCGAAUUAUACAAAUAUACAGCCAAUAGAAUCUACACAGAAAUAUUUAACCUCAAUACGUUAUAUAGAAGAGCUGCAGAAUAUCUUUGAGGAAGAACAAUAUAAAAAAUCCUUAAAACUUGAACCAAUUUCCCCAUUGGCCCCCAGCUCUUCUUCUUGUAGCUCUAAGGAAUCGUUUAAUGUGGAUGUCGUUACCCCCGCAUUGGCUUGUUUAAAUCUCUCACCUGCCAAGACGGCAGGUUCGGUACGUUUACCCAGUUCCUCGGCAGUUAAAUUUAUACCCGGACAUCGUAAAUGUCGUAGUUUGGGUACCAAUAUUUUUGGUAAAUCGAAUGCGGUAAAUACUAACAAUGAAGUUAUGAAUAAUACCUUGGCAAAUGGCGUAACCUAUCAUGAUCAUUUGCUGCAUAUACAACCACGACAUUUAUUGGAUGAUUCGGUGCUGGAACAACCACAAUGUGGUGGAGGUGGCGGUGUCGGCAGUGGUGUGACCACACCACACAAUGGCUCCUUGCAUUUGGGUGAAAAUGGUGUCGUUGUGGAUAUGUUAAGCUGUCAUUUGCACGAAGUUAGCCAUUUACAAAUACCCACAGAUGAAGAGGGCGCUGGUAAUACGCUCCAGGGUUGUGUACGACGUAAAACUGUGCAAAAGGAGGGACGUAAACCGGCCGUGGCCUCAUGGCAACGUUAUUAUAUACAAAUAUGGGCAAACUCGUUGGUGUAUUUUCCACCUAAAUCUUUUAAGGGUAGCGAACGCAGCGAUUUCAAAAGGGAACCAUGCAAAGUGUGCCCCCUAGAGGGAUGGUAUGCCCAAGUGGUUAUAAAUCCCAAACAUAAAAAUACAUUUGAACUAUAUCAUCGAGCAUUGGGUACAAUAUAUAAAUUUCGUACCGAUAGUCCACAGGCUACCCAAUUGUGGUGUAGUACAAUUUGUAAAAUUGCCCUGCAACAGAAUAAUAAGACUCAGAAGGCAUUGCCCGUUAAUUUAAUGUCUUUUGAAUAA